AUGAGCAACGAAGAAAACAUCACAUCUAUCAAAGCAGAUGAUAAAAGUGGCGAUUCCUUGGAUCCUGGGCUAGAAGAUCUUGCUCUUCUUGAUGAGCUUAAAAAUAACACAUUGUGGGUGUUAAACUUACAGAACCUAACCACAAAGCGAACCUUUGAUGUGAAAACACUCUCACCUAAAAUUACCAAACGCGUUCUGUUUCUCAAGGACAUCCAGGUAUUGUUAAACACGACGAGCUCGAAGAGAAGUUUCUUAAAGAAAAAGCUGCAUUGGAGGCAAAAUACAAUAAUCUCUACAAGCCGCUUUUUAAUAAGGCAAAGAGUUGAAAAUUUCAUCUAUGUUAUGUGUGUUAGGAUUAUUAUAGUUUUGGUUGUUUUCCUGAGAUUUACUUAUCAUUUGCAGAGGUAUGAAAUUGUGAAUGGUGAGGUUGAAGCUGAGGCAGAGAAAGAAGGAGUUCCUAAUUUCUGGUUGAUUGCAAUGAAAACCAACGAAAUGCUCGCAAACGAGAUAACCGAAAGAGAUGAGGGAGCAUUGAAGUAUCUCAAAGACAUCAGAUGCUGCAAAGUAGAAAACAAUUCAAGAAAUUUCAAGCUGGAGUUUCUCUUUGAUCCUAAUCCUUACUUCAAGAACUCGGUUCUGUCCAAAACUUACCAUGUGACCGAUGACGAUGAUGAUGGGCCUGUUCUUGAUAAAGUGAUUGGAACGGAGAUAGAAUGGCAUCCAGGUAAAUGUUUGACUCAUAAGGUUGUUGUAAGGAAGAGACCAAAGAAGGGGUCAAAGAAGAUAAACAACAUCCCUAUGACCAAAACCGAAAACUGCGAGAGUUUCUUCAACUUCUUCAAGCCCCCUGAGAUUCAUGAAGUUGAUGAAUUUUAUACAACCAUGGAUCAAGAACUCCAAAACUUGACGGAUCAAGACUAUGACAUC